AUGUCUGCGCAACGUCUUGCGAACGAGAUCCUCCAUGUUACUCCCCCUCCCAAGUAUGACUUCGGAUUCAACGAGUUCCUGAAACGCGAAUAUCGGUUUGGACUCGAUCCGGAUCGUCCAUCAUGCAAAGCAUACAUGCAAGGGCACUGUCCCAUGGGGAGCAACUGCCCUGACAAGCAUCACAUUCAAAGCUCGUUCAAUAACCUCGUUUGCAAGCAUUGGCUCCGUGGUCUUUGCAAGAAAGGGGAACAAUGCGAAUUCCUUCACGAGUACAAUCUACGUCGCAUGCCCGAGUGCAACUACUUCGCCCGCCACCAGACCUGUCCCAAUGGCGACGACUGUCUAUAUCUCCACAUUGAUCCCGACUUCAAACGUCCUCCAUGUCCGCAUUUCGAACGGGGAUUUUGCCCCCUCGGACCCCGCUGCGCGAAUCGACACGUGAAGAUGGAGAAGAUUUGCCCGUUCUACAUUGCCGGCUUCUGUCCCAACGGGAAACAAUGCAAGGAAGGACAUCACGCUAAGUUUGUCGAUGACCUUCCGCCGCCGGAACCAAAGAUCGUGAAGAGCAAGGAACAACUAGAGCAGGAGAAACUGUUGAGAGAGCAGGAUUUGAGGGAGGAAGAAGAGCGGGAACGAGAGCGAUACGAUAAAGGUGCCGAUCCAAGCUCCCAGCAACAGCGAUUCCGAGCGAACUGGAGGUCGAAGCCAGGGAAAGCUGGAAUCCCCCGUCCGAGGAGAGGAAGAGGGUUUUGA